AUGUCGACCUACGAAAUUGAGCACAACACGUCUGACCCAUCAACGGCUCAGACCCCGCGCCGCCGCCGCCCUGACCUCUCCACCUUCUUCUCAGCCCUCUCCGAGAUCACCCCAGCUCCCGACCACCGACCCCAUGCAGUUCCCGUCCCAGGUGAUGUGAGCGCAGCCUUCUACUCCCUUGCCGAGGCAUUGGAGAUGAUGCGCCGUGAUACCGACUCCACAACAGAAGCGCCAGAGGCCUCUGACGCGGGCACCGAUAAUGGACGCGAUCUGCUGAGCACAAUGAUCCAGUCGCUGCUUGCGCAGGCGGAUACACCACCGCGUGAGGUGGAGGGUGUUUCGGAGGAAUUUUGCGAUGUGCUCGACCGCGUCCCCAAAGCGUCACUUAAGGCCUCUGACACAUGUCCUAUUUGCAAUAAUCCAUUUUUGGAUGAUCAAUACCCGCUCGUUGUACAGUUGCCCUGCCACCCUACCCACCGCUUUGAUAUGGAAUGCAUCCGGCCUUGGCUGCGACUGCGGGGGACGUGCCCGCUUGAUCGCGUGGACUUUGCGAAGCAGCAGAGAGAGAAAGCGGAGGCUAAGAAGAAGCUUGUCGAGGAAGAUGAUGAAGAGGAGUGGGAUGAACAAUCGCUUUCUUUUGACUACCUUGGGACGUAG